AUGGGGCAGCGCAUGAUAGAUAGUUUCCGGAUUCAAACAGAUUUAUUGAGUAUUCAAAGACACUGCUUUGCUAUCGAUAGAACAACCCAACCCAAGACACAUAUUUUACAAUCUAACAAAUAUCAUCAUAGUAGUAAAAGGAAAGAAAGAAAGAAAGAAAGAAAGAAAGAAAGAAAGAAAGAAACAUAA